AUGGCAAAGACUAGACCGACUCGGGGAGAUACCCUUCAAGGCUCUCUAGGCAAUUUACAACCACUCCUCGACGAUCUCACACGAAUCACCAGCACUCAAGCGAUCCCCCUUGAACAAUUGAUGAAAGCAUUGGACUCUGUCAGAUUCCAGGUCGACAAGUAUAAGAAAAGUAAAGUGACUAAGAAGAGGAAGGUGAACGAGGUUAACGAUGAUCAUGAAGAAGGAUAUAAAGUGGAUUUGGUAAUUAAAAAUGAAAUGGACGAAAUCGGCGUAAAGAUAUGGAAUACCACUUCAGAGAUCGAACGGAUGUCUGGGAAGAAGACAGGAGAAGAUAAACAAUUGAUUGCCUCUCUCCGACAAACUUCCUUCCGAUUGCUCGAGGCUUCUACUGAUUCCAAACUGCAUUUAGGCUUGGUAAUCCGUCUGCUUCGUGCUGCUUCAGAAGCUAUAUCUUCCCUUGCUCAGGCGAAUCAAAUGGCGACAGCUGAAGAGCUUGCACUUCUGGGUGCAGAGUAUCAGCAAACAAUAAGUUCCUCGAGUGCUCCAGAUGAAAUCGGGGAAGCAGACAAGCUUCAUGCUAUAUUGCAGUUCCUCCUUGCCAGGGUUGAUCUGGAAAUCUCAAAGACAAACGAUAAUCUCGCCUUGAGCUUCAUGGUCAAAGCAUCGAACCUCGAUUCAGAAGGAACGAUGGAUCCACUCGAGUACCAAGAAAUGGCGAUCAAAUGCUGGUCGAUCGCUCAAGAGUUGCUAUCACGUCAGAAGGCUACGAAAGCUGUUCCUUUCACAACUACACCAAUCGAGUGGCUUCAGCAAGGUUUACUGAUUAUUGAGAAGGUCAAAGAGCGUAGUGCUCAUGCACUUUUGUUGGACAAGAUCCGUACCACGAUUUUGCAGACCAUCGCGCAAGCGCAUUUCAAGAACGCUUCGGACGACCCCAAUGGCCUCCAAAAUGCAAUAGACUCAUUGGACGAGAUCAUCAAAAUGACUGAUCCUAUGGAUCAACAUACAGCGACGCGAAUCCGACAGAUUCAGAUUCAUUUGCUUUCGAAACGGACCACCGCCAACGACCAUGCAACUGUACGGAAAGCUUUCGAAGAGUUGUUGAAGAAAACGAAAUGGUCGGAAGAAACGGUAAACGAACUUUUCGCCCAACUGCAAGUAUUGAACGCAGAUCAUCCAGAAAUACCUCUGAAUCUCGCACAAAUCAUCCUUCAUCAUGCUUUAGCACAAGAUGAAGGCCGACCUUACGUAUCGCGAAUUGUCUACGAAGGUGUCUUUUUGGCUCGACAAUGUGCUGUUACUCAGCCCCAGGCAGGGUAUAAUGGUGUUUUAUCCAUGCUGGACUCGUUAGUCAUGAAUGGUUCAGAAAAACUUUUAGAUCGUACCAGAAUUACGGCUAUCCAAAUGAUCCUCAACAGUGUGGCAGGAAAGGUCUACGAGAGCAAAGGACGUUAUGAAGAUGCAGCUCGUUGGUACCUUCUGGCAGCUCAUUCGGCUCUGAUCUCGGACAAAGCAGAGAUAACGUCUCGCUGUAGAAGGAAAGCCGUCCUUGGCUACAUUCGAUCUGGGGAUCUGACAUCAGCCGAGAAAGAAUUGACACAAUGUCCCGCUGGUGAAGCUUCAAUACAAUAUCUAGCCUUUCUCAUCGCUGAAAGACGAGACGACAUUGAUAAAGCCAGAGCUGCCAUCAAGAACAUAAUUGCUUGUCAGGACGUCCAACCUAGUCAGAUCCUCCUGAUAACAUCGUUAGCGGAAAGGAAAGGAUCGAAAACACUGCUGUUUGCCGCACUCCAGACCUUAUUCAGUGCCUUGCAGCGACCUGACCUGAAACAACGUCUCAAAGUUGAGAGUUUAACCGUGAUCAGGUGCAUGAUACGUAUUACCAUAUCACAAUUUGACGAAAUCACAGAGAAAGAGUUUUUAGGGGAGUCUAUAGUCGGACUCCUCGACUCCGCCAUAGCAUUGCUCAGGGAAAGCCCACAGGAUUAUUCAUCUCAGGUGAAGAACGUCUCAUGGUUGUUCCGGACAGCAUAUAACGUGGCAGUGGAGCAACUGGCAAAUCUCUCAGCCAAAGUCUUGUCCGAUUUGUUUGAUCGUUCAGCUCAAUUGAUCGACUGGUACCGAGAUCUGAGUACUGCUGGAGUGGACUUGGCUUUGGAGAAGAUUCGCGCUUCAACUAUGUUUUCAUGUUUUUGCGGGAAGACUUUCCAAUAUCGAGACCUCCCUGAAGGUGAAGAAAAGCUCUUGCUGCGCACUCAGCUCACAAUGUACUACACCAUCGUCAAACAGGCGAUACCUCACGAUGACGAAGGGAAAUCAAACAAAAUGAGAGAUUUGCUCGAGGUAUAUCACAUCGAACUCUUGUGCGAUGCCUCCAAUUGGGAAUUGGUCGGAGGACUCAUAGCUUCGCGCAAGAGUACGAAUCUUUCAGACAGUGAUAGAUCUAUCAGAAAAUUGGAGAUAGUAUUGAAUCUGUUGCUCGACUAUCCAGAGUGCCCGCCUAAGCUCAUUCACGAUACCUUGGACACUAUCAUCAAGACUUGCGUAAUUACCAACGAAGCUGAGGUAGUCCGAUUUUCCAGGUGGAUACGAGGUAUAAUGAUGAUCCUCCUGCCUGAAAAUGGGAGAGGGGAACAAGUCACCGUGAAAACGUACUUAUCCAGAGUGCAUAAGGUACUCCAAACGACUUUAGGAUCUCAAAAUUAUCCACACGACGAAAUGCAGUGGUUGGUCGCUACGACUUGGAAUCGAGGCUUAAACGAUUACCACCAUUCGAGGCUGAAUGAUGCGAGAAGCUGGCUCGGUCUUUGUCUGAAAUUGGCAGAUUCUAUGCCCGAGGGUGUUAUCAACAUGCCAAGUCUCAAGAAGCAGUAUUCUCAACUCUUCUCCGGUCGAGACCCUUCGAGGUAA